AUGGUGCUCCACAAUCUUACACGGAUGCAAAAUGGGGAUGAGGGUUGGUUGAAUCGCCAAACAAGCAAUAUAUGUCCAGAACAUUUUGUUGAUCUCCCUGGAGGUGACAACCACUACAAUAAUGAUGUGAUGUCUCUUAGCAGCCAAAUAGAGGAUGGGAACACAGUUAGAGAUAUGAUAGCACUAAAUAUGUGGAAUGACUACAGUCUAAUAAUGUUUGGAAGGGGGUCUCCGAGGAUCAAUUUGAUGAAAGCUGCAGCAGUCCAAAGAAAGCCUUCUCCAAAGAUUUCCAGCACACAAAAGAGAAAACCAUCACCAAAAGUUGAUCAUUCUAGAGCGAGUUGGGAUGCGGGACUUGAAAAGGCUUUGAUUGACCUUCUUCAUGAGCACAACAAUGAAUGUUAUAGGGGACAGAAUGGAUGGUCAACAGAAGCAUGGAACAAAAUUGUCAAAUUAUUCCAUGAGAAGUUCCCGUAUGUCAGAUUUACGAAGUCUCAUCCUAAGGCCAAGAGAUUUCGGAAUAAAUCUUUCCCAUUGUUUGAAUCUUUAGGAGAGCUAUAUGAUGGACAAACUGCUGAGGGAACCUUAAACUUUACCUCCAUAGCCCCUUCCCAAGUUCCUGUCACACAGCCUUAUCAAGGGGGUGCUACCACACAACCUUCUCAAUCUGACAUCACACAAGCCAAUUAUAUUGGGGAAGAAACUGAAAAGGGCCCUUUUGACCCUUCUGGACAUGCUAUGGAUGAUGAUGAUGAGGUCAGAAUUGUGGACCAACCAACCACUAGUUCAUCAUUAAACAAAAGAGAGAAAAGGCCUGCUACUUCUAGAAACAAAAAUCCAGUGUCUAGUGAUAAAGCGGAAAGAGCAGGAUUCAAACGCAGACAAGAUGGGAAGGUUGUUGAGAUGAUGGGAUGGUUUCUGGAACUGAAAGAGAAGCAAGCCGAGGCUGAACCCGUGCAGCAGAAAAGGGCAAGAACUAAUGCGCAUGAGUUCCCCAUCCAAGUGUGCAUUGCUGUUGUGGACAACAUGGAAGAUCUAUCAGAUGAUGAGAAGGUCGAGGCUUCUGAUGUAUUCAAAGAUCCACAAAACAGGGUCAUUUUCAUGACCGCGAAAGACUCUAACACGACUCAAGUGGUUAAGGAAGAAGAUUAG